AGUGCGUGUGAGCGAAAAGUGUCCCCAAUUAGUGCGAAAAAGCGCUAGAACGACUAGACACUUUAAUAAAAGUAAUUUUUUUUUUUUAAUCGUUUCACCUGUUAAUGGCGUCAUGUUUUUGUCGACGAGCAGGGAACGGGGAACMCCCUUCAAAAUCAAAGUCCAAGCGUAGAUCGAAGACCAUGAAGAUGUAAGAAGCUUUAGCUGUCGUUUGUUCAGCAUUCCUUUUGUCUUUUAUUAGCUAGUGACAACUUAAGGUGGCGAUUGAAGUAAAAACUAGUAGCUGAAGUUUUCGCUAUUCUGCCGACUCAAGCCGAGAAACAAUCCUGAACGUCCGAAGAGCGUAUGGACGCUUCUUGAAACGAAGGAAAAAUAUUCUAUCUGCAGGUCCUGGCAGGGAUGCUGUACCUAGGGAAUACGAAAAUCUCGUCUGGCUCUCUGUAUACAUCAAACAUCGAGAGACCAGCUCUAAUUUGGAACUUURACCUUUUUCGGUCAUAUGGAAACGGUCGUUUAACGAUCGUUUGCGAUCCUUAAUACACUCCAGUGAGCUUCACGAUACUGCGAUCGUUCUCGAUCGUUUACGUUCGUUUUCGAUUAUAAGGAAACCAGGCUUUAACGAAACGCCUUCCAUUAUGGCCAGUGGCUUAACUUUAGGAGAAGUACUAUGAUUAGAAUAUUGCAGGUAUGGCCAGUGCUCCAGCGAAUCCAAGUGAGAUAUUGCGAUCUUCAACAGAGAAGAAUAAUUACACGAGACUAACAAGACUCUUGAUAGCAGGAGGAACGUUUAUCUUAAGAGAAUUAUUGGACAACAUAAUCCCUCCCCACCAUUUUGCACAUGUAUUGAUGUUCCCAAAAGUACUUAGAAGAUUGGAAUGGCUGAAAGAUAAAAAUAUAAUAAAUUCUGAGCAGUGGAAAUCUCUUUUCCCAACCGACACUUCUUGUGGAAAAUCUACUGAUUUUGAUAUAACUUUGAUAUUCAAACUGCUGAGAAACUUCUGUAGCUUGACUCCACCACCAAAAGGAUGGGACAAGCUUCCUGACGACAAAGAUUUGACUUUACCAGCCGAUCUAGCGAGAAUCAAGUAUUAUCGGAAUGUUGUUUACGCUCAUAGAGCCAAAAUAGAGCUGGAUGACAGUGAGUUCCAAGACCUUUGGAAACGCAUUAAAGAUGCUUUACUGGGAAUUGUCAGGCAUUAUAACCAUUCUAACCCUUCUGCUGUGUUAAAAUGGAAGACAGCGAUCGAAAAGCUCCUGACAGAUCCUCUAGACAUCAAGAAAAGUCAUGAAGAGAACGAGAAGUUAAAGAUUUGGUGCAUUGGUGAGAUGAAUGCGUUUAUACUUUUAGCUAAUGCGCACUUGGAUGAAGAGGAAUACGAUGAUGCUCACUCCCGCUUUACAGAAGGCAUGACAAUAGCUAGACAACUAGAGGAUAAUCAUAACGUCACCUAUUUUGGAAUACGUAUUAACGGGAUUUAUGAAAUGGUUGGCACGUCUGAAAGAUAUAGUGAAUUAUUAUCAAAAACGGAAUUGCUGAAGGAGUUUCUAGAUGGUGCUCAAAAAAAUGUAAGUUUUCUCCAUUCAUUUAUUGGCUACUUGUAUUAUAAAACAAACGCCAAAUACGAGGAAGCCAUUGCAUGUCUUGAGAUUUGUAUGGCGCUCGGAAAGAGCGGGAGCAAUAAAAAUGAAUAUCGUGAACUAUGGUGGACUUGUAAGCAUGACAUCUCAGAGUUGCAUGUGUUACUUGGGGACUACGAUCAGGGUAUACAGUAUCAACAAGAAGCACUAGAUGUCGCGUGCAAAGAGGGCUCUAAGGCCAAACAGGCAAUGUCCCAUUUUAGCCUUGGAGAAGUCUAUUAUAAACUCGAACAAUUUGAGGAUGCAGAGAAGUCAUUGAAAGAAUCGUUAAGGUUCUAUGAAUUGAUAUUUAUUGGUCUUAAGCAAAACGAUCGAUUUAAAAUAGCUUUCAUUGAUAAAUACAAAGCGACUUUCAAGCUGCUUCUGAAGGUUCUUAUUGAAACCAACAAGAAAGAAGAAGCUCUGGUAUUGUCUGACCACUAUCGUGCAAAAGUCCUGAAAGAUCUUCUUGUUUCAAGCUAUGGAAUGAAGAAAGAACAAACUGCUGAUGAGAGUUUACAGUACACUGAUGUCCAGUCUCUUGUCUCUAGUAGUAACUACGCUCUUCUGUUUUAUUCAACGUGUUUUGAAGAGUUGUACACGUUUGUAGUAGAGGCAGGAAAUGAGCUUGGAUUUUCAGUCCAGCAGUAUUUUGAAUACUGUGACUCAUGCCUAGACAAGCUUGUUGAUAAAACAUAUGACGAUAUGAAAGUGUUUCAGGUAUUCUACUGUGAGGACAUAACAUUGGAAAACUGCGAUGAGAGCAGUCUGACAAGUGGCCUGGAAGAAUUGUACCAAAAGUUAAUAAACAAUAUCAAGAGUUUGAUUAAACAAGACGAAAUGGUCAUUAUUCCUGAAGGUCCCUUGUGCAGAUUACCAUUUGCUGCCCUACGGGACCCCGACACGGGACAGUAUUUGUCUGAAAGAAUGCGGAUUAGAAUGGCUCCUUCGAUAGCAUCUUUAAAGUUCCUCCAAGAGUACCCAGUGGAGCAUCACUCCAGAAACGAGGCAUUGAUCAUUGGCGGUGGCUCCGUUGAUCCAGUCAAGUUGGAUGGAGUUGAAAAAGUAUUUCCCCGCUUAGAAGGCGCAGAAAAAGAAGCACAAGGAAUAGCUAACAUGCUUAGAGUUCAGCCGUUAUUGUCAGCUAACGCUACGAAACCCGUUGUCAUAAAGAGACUACAAGGAGGAGCGUCUGUUGUUCACAUUGCUGCUCACGGUUCGCUAACAAAAGCCACCAUCGUACUUGCUCCUUCUCCUGAGAUAAGAACAACAAGAAUCCCAGAUGAAGAAGAUUACAUGCUGACCAUGGCUGAUGUACAGCAGACUCAAGUACGUGCACAGUUAGUUGUGUUAAGCUACUGUCACAGUGGGCGUGGUCAGAUUAAAGCUGAAGGAGUAAUUGGCAUGUGUCGCGCCUUUCUCGCGUCAGGUGCUCGUGCUGUGGUAGGUUCCCUGUGGGCCAUCCAUGACGAUGCUACGAUCAUGUUUAUGGAAACGUUUUACAAGUAUCUGAAGGACGGCAAGAGCGCAAGUACAAGCCUGCAUCUGACGAUGAAUGACAUGAGAAGAACGCCACAAUACAGUGAACCAAGGUAUUGGGCUCCUUUCUUUUUGAUGGGCGAUGAUGUGACGAUCCAGUUCAAAGAUUAGCACAGUAAAGAUGAGACUGAAACAUUUUUGGAUGAAAUUUUCCUGUGGACAUCAUUUCCAUGAACAGUGAUUAAAUUAAAACAAUUAUCAAGUUUAAAGAUUCAAAGGACUAACAGUAUGUAUUCACUUUAGUGCAAAACCUGUUUUAGUUUGGAGGGGCGUAGAUCAAGAACACGAAAACGAGGUCAGUGAGGCAAAGAAAAUAUAAUGUUCAAGAUUCUUACAUUAGUAUUAUUUUGUUAGUUUCCGUGUUAUCAUCAUGUCGGUACCUCACAGCUAAAAGGGUUUUGCUACUGUAUAUAUGAUAUAUUUAGUGUGAUUUAAGUUAGAGCUAUAUAUAGCACCAAGUCUAGGACACCGACCUUGUUAAAGAGUUAACUCUAUUCAUGGUGUCAACCUACAGUCAUGUAACCAAUAUUAUUGCUACUGUAUAUAUGAUAUAUUUAGUGUGAUUUUAGUUAGUGCCAUAUAUAGCACCUAGUCUAGGACACCGACCUUGUUAACAAGAGUUAACUCUAUUGAUGGGUACCUUCAUGUAUACCAAUAUUGAAUGACAUGUGUCUGUGAAGGUGAAAGAGAGAGACCCUAAACUCUUUUAAGGACGUAACCUGCCUGUGACACCUCGAUAACAAGAGUUAACUGUAUUGAUGGGUACCUUCAUGUAACCAAAAUUGAAUGACAUGUUACUGUGAAGGUUUGAGGUGUGAGGUGUAGAGUACCUGAGCUAGCUCAUGGUAUGUUGAUAAGACAUUAUUAGUCAGCUUUAAGCUUUUCAUUAUUAACGAGCUUUGAGUAAUGAUUUAGGAUUGGAUUUUGAUAAUUGCUUCGUCUUCGUCUUCGUCGUUUGUGUAGUGAUGAUCUUGAUUUUUCUGUUAAAUGUUCUGAGAUGCGUUCCUUCUUCCUUAAGCGUAAU